AUGGGUCGUCCAAAGAAAUCAAAAGCUGCUUUGUUAGCUAAUAUAAGCAAAAAUGGAAAAAGUGCUGGUGAUAAAUGUACAAAAAUUGUAGAUCAUAAUGAUCAGGAAUAUGUUGCAAAAUCAAAUUCUAAAGCCAGUAGAUUUAAUGAUAAAGUUUCAAAAGAAAAUGUCAAUGAAUUGCUUGUAGUCCAUGAAUCUGAUAGUCCUACAGAAAUUUCAUAUGAAAAAGUAGAAAUACCUGUGAAAAGCAAGACUUGGUUACGAAAUGUAAGGAACCCUGCUAAAGUACAAUUUGAUAAUUUUAUAUUUUAUAAUCAACCUCGUCACAAUAGCUAUGAUGAUAGUGCUAAUUUUAAAAAUCUUAAAGAAAAAGACCAUGGUGGUGUAGGAAUAUAUUAUAGUAAGAAUAAAGCUUGUAAUAUAAUAAGACCACCAAGAUAUAGAUUAGAAUUGUUUAUGCCUCAAUUAGAAAGAUUGUUGACUGAGUUACAAGAGUCUGGUUAUCAUUAUAUUAUUAUGGGAGAUUUCAAUCAAAAUCUAUUAGAAGGACAUAGUUCUAUUAAUGAUUGUUUUCAAGACUUUGGGUUCAAACAGUGUGUGACAGAGAGUACUACAGAAGGCAAUACAAUAUUAGAUCAUGUUUAUAUGAGUUCAGAAACAGUUCAGAUAUAUUGUUGCAUUUUAAAGGAAAGAAGAUGGGUAGGGAAGACCAUUUACCUCUGUUGGGUGGGG